AAGCCGGAAGGUGCUGGGCAGGGUGUUCCGCGUUCGCGGGAGCGGAGCGGGCCGGGCCGCGCCCCGAGCCCCGCGGGGCCAUGACCGAGUACAAGCUGGUGGUGGUGGGCGCCGGCGGUGUCGGCAAGAGUGCGCUGACCAUCCAGCUGAUCCAGAAUCACUUCGUGGACGAGUACGACCCCACCAUCGAGGAUUCAUAUAGGAAGCAGGUUGUUAUUGAUGGAGAGACUUGCUUGUUAGACAUCCUGGACACUGCAGGACAGGAGGAGUACAGUGCCAUGCGUGACCAGUACAUGAGAACAGGGGAAGGAUUCCUCUGUGUUUUUGCCAUUAACAACAGUAAAUCAUUUGCUGAUAUUAACCUUUACAGGGAACAGAUCAAGAGAGUGAAAGAUUCAGAUGAUGUGCCAAUGGUGCUCGUUGGGAAUAAGUGUGAUUUGCCUACAAGAACAGUAGACACAAAACAAGCUCAAGAAUUGGCAAAAAGCUAUGGAAUCCCCUUUAUAGAGACAUCUGCAAAAACAAGACAGGGCGUGGAAGAUGCUUUUUACACACUGGUGAGAGAGAUCCGGCAGUACCGGAUGAAAAAGCUCAACAGCAACGAAGAUGGGAAUCAAGGCUGCAUGGGGUUGUCUUGUGUUGUGAUGUGAUAAGAUGCCAAGAAUACGUGGUUCAGAUGUAGCUGCUGGAUGAGUCUUGAUGCUGCUGUGUUGUGUCUCAUGCGAUGCCCUGCAGUAUUUUGGUGCCAGUGACCAGACCUUUGUACCAGUUAAUUAGCACAAAAUCCUUUUCUGUGCUCCAUCUGAAGAGAACACCUAUGGCAUCUACCUCCUUGCUCAACUAAUGGAGCAGUCACAUCUCUUGAUGUGCUGGGAUUCUUUUCUCACUGUGUUAUCUGGGCUUGUCCAAGAAGAAAACCAGUCACAAGAAAAGUGAACUAUAGAGACUAAAUGCUGUGAAAAAGAUGACACUUUACCUCUAGAGUAAAAGCUAGAAGUGAUGUUUGUCCCUUUUCUAUUGGAUUCUCAUUUGCAGUGCUGCCAGAAGAGUGGCACAAAUCAUUGCUUGGCAGGUGAUGUCAGAAAUGGUUUUGCCACCACAAAUGCUUCUGUCAUGUGUCAGAUUGGUAUCUGCACCCUGUGCACCUGUACAGCAUAUUGGUAACACCUCCUUUGUUCCAGGAGUACCACUUAACUGAUCCUUCACUUUCUGUAAUAAAAAGGAGAGAUCUUUCCUAA